GCCCAAGCGCCACUCCCAGCAGCAGGUCACUGCACGGCCCAAGCCCAUGACUCACCAGUUGUCCAGCCCUGAUUUCCAUGGUGAGGAGAAGAGCGAGCAGGUGACCAGCAUUGGCCAAAUCAAACCGGAACUCUACAGACUGCGUGGGGGCGACCAGGGGGAAGGGAAAACGGGGGACAAUUGCGGCAAGAUCAGCUUCCUCCUGCGCUACGCCUUCAAUACAGAGCAGCUAGUGGUAAAGAUCCUGAAGGCUGUAGACCUGGCUGCCAAGGACGCCAACGGCUUCUCAGACCCCUACGUCAAGAUCUACCUACUGCCAGACAGGAAGAAGAAGUUCCAGACCAAGGUCCACAGAAAGACCCUAAACCCUAUCUUCAACGAGACGUUCCAGUUCGGUGUCCCCCUGGCAGAGCUGCACUCCCGGAAGCUACACUUCUCUGUCUACGACUUUGACCGCUUCUCCAGACACGACCUGAUUGGCCAAGUGGUUGUGGACAACCUUCUGGACUUCAGCGAGGGCACAGGGGAAAAGCCUGUCUGGAGGGACAUCGUGGAGGGCACUGCGGAGAAGGCUGACCUGGGGGAGCACUUCUCUCUGUGUUACCUGCCCACGGCAGGUCGGCUCACCGCCACUGUCAUCAAGGCCACCAACCUCAAAGCCAUGGACCUCACCGGCUUCUCAGACCCGUACGUGAAGGCUUCUCUGAUAUGAGGCCGCAGGCUAAAGAAGAGGAAGACAUCCAUUAAGAAGAAUACAUUGAACCCCUUCAACGAGGCUCUAGUCUUUGACUCCCUCAUGAGGACAUCGACAGGGUGUCCAUCAUCUCGCUGUCAUGGAUAUGACUGGUAAGAAGAGACCUGGCUGUUAUUACUUUAUUACUGGACAAUGGGAGUUUUAUAAGUUUGUGUGGGAUGUGGAUGUAAUUGAUACCAUUAUAAUACUGACUAUGUAUUUGGAUGGUUGCUGUUGUUAAUUGUUAGAUAAGGGUAUGUCUGUUGUUAAUUGUUAGAUAAGGGUGUGUCUGUUGUUAAUUGUUAGAUAAGUGUAUGUCUGUUGUUAAUUGUUAGAUAAAGGGUAUGUCUGUUGUUAAUUGUUAGAUAAGGGCAUGUCUGUUGUUAAUUUUAGAUAAGGGUAUGUCUGUUGUUAAUUGUUAGAUAAGGGUAUGUCUGUUGUUAAUUGUUAGAUAAGUGUAUGUCUGUU